CCUUUUUUGCAAUGUGUUGCAACUAAGGUCAUGGCGACCUUGUCAGGAUCCAGCUAUGCGGGUUACGCCCUCCUUCAUUUGCCCGAGUCAGUAUAUAAGGCAGAGAAACCUGAGCACAGUUGCAAGAACGAGUCUCCCUCCACUGCAGUCAUGAAAACUUUGUCCGUGUGUCUCCUCGUGGUGGUCGUUGGGUCGUGCGCGGGUCAGAGUAUCCAGCAGCUGCUCAACAGCAUCGGCAUCAACAACCCCACAACCGUAGAGGAAAUCAGAAGCAUCUUCAAUCCAAAUAACCAACACAAUGUAGUAUCCUGUUUGGUCAAUGGCGUGUCUGUCGACGCUGGACGACCGUGCGAUGCAAGGACAAACACCUUCAGGAGCCUCUUGACGCAACUUGACAGCAACAAUUACAACUGCAACUGCCCGGAGCAAGGCCAGGUCGAUGCCAUCACCAAUCUCAUCAGAAAAAGCCUUAAUCCAGCAAACUGCAAUACCGUGAGGAACGCAUUGCAACUGCAAAACUUACGUUGUUAAAGAAGGUGAACAGUCCAGUUGGUGUGGAACUAAGAAGAUGAGAGAGUUUGGGGUUUUCUUUUGGUAGCAAGAUGCAAUAGCGUAAGAAUACAGAGGCGAUUCCCCUGCGCGGCUGAGCAUCCAGAAAUUUUCAAAUGCUUGCCACAUAUCGCGAAAUAAAGGCGGAGAACAA